AUCUUCGUCGCUCGAAGAGCAACAGAUUGAAGGAGGAGCAGAAGAAGAAGAAGGGAUGAAUGUCGGAGAGUGAAAGAAGGAUGAAGAAGAAACUGCUAGCUUCUUUGUUGACUCUGAGCUGAUCGGACUUUAUGACGGUCCGGCUGCUGAGCACCAUGAGCAGGAAGGACGGCGAGCUGGAGAGUCGCCUCGACGACCUGGUGUCACGCAUCGCCAUGGAGACGCAGGAGAUCAGAGAGCUGGAGCAGCAGCUGACCAGGGGUCAGACGCUGGCCAGCGAGGCUCUGCAGAAGGACCUUCAGGAGGUGAUCUGUGGGCUUCAGGAGUAUCUGAGCGGACUGAGGCAGCAGGUACCGAAGCAUCUGGAGGACGCACAGCUGUCUGCGCUGUGGGCCGAGGCUCAGGCUCUCAGGGACCGACAGGUGGAGCUGGAGGCGGAGCUUCAGCGUCUGAGGGAGGAGCUAAACCGGCUGGUUGGGGAUGUUCAGGUCCAACUGGAUCAGAGUUCUGCCCAGUUUAACCAGACCAGAAUCCAACUGGAGCGGUUUACAGCUGGUCUGUCAGAACCUCAGCAGGACCAGAGGAAACCGAUGCUUAAAGUCAGGAGUGUUCAGCAGCUUGGCGGGUUGACCCAGGAUCUGCAGUUGGACCAGAACCAAGGCGGCAGCUGGAUCUCAAAGGAGAAGCUUCAGGCUCCCAGUCUGCUCUCUCAGGGGACUCUUGACUCGGGUCUGGGCCUGCAGUACUCCAGUUCGCCUGACAGGGGGCAGCAGCGAGGGUGCGUCUGUGGACGAGCGACUCCUCCUGACCCAUCUGAUCCCCCUAGGUGCCCCAGAGGGGUGCUACGCCGUCCUCCAGCAGGGGGCGCUCUGAAGCCAGUGAGCCAGCAGGAUCCAGACCAAGAGAAGAAGCAGCUGAGACGACACAGGAGCGUCCUGCAGGUGUGCGAUGAGCUGCAGUGUUUGGAGCGAACGCUGCUGCGGAGGCGAGCCGAGCUCCGCCGCGCCGACCGGCUGCUGCUGGAGGCCCAGAGCUGCACCAGAACCGCCAGGAGAAACGCUGACACGCUGCAGCUCAGACUGGAGGACGGCGCCUCCUGUCUGCUGGAGGCCGGCCAACGCCUCAGGAAGCUGAAGGAGGAGGCGGAGCUGCUGAGGAGGAAGAAGGAGGAGGAGGAGGUGCGUCUGAGCCAGGUGGAGGAGAAGCUGAGGAGCAGACGGCAGGAGCUCCAGCGGCUCGGAGUAAAGGUCCAUGGAGCUGCAGACAGGCUAGCAGUGCUGCUGUCUGCCUGCGGAGCAGCAGAGGAGCAGCUGGCCCCGCCCACCUGCCAGGUCCAGAGGGAGGAGCAGCAGGUUCAGCUCAGAGGGAGGAGGUCUGCCGGUUCUGGAGUCCAUCAGGAGGAGGAGCAGAAGCUGGUCCGACUGAAGGCGGAGCUCAGGUCCCGCAGAACAGAGCUCAGGGAGGUUCUGCAGGAGCUGCUGGUGGAGCAGCAGGUUCUGGAGGAGGUGAAGUCCAAACGGACCCAGACUCUGCAGCAGCUGCAGGAGGCGAGGGAGGAGCUGCAGAGGAUAAGGAGCGAGGCAGAGGAGAAACAACAGGAGCUGAACAAGCAGUGGAGCGUCAGGAGCUGAUGGCGGAGGAGGGGAGGCCCAGCGACCCGAACCCAGAACCGCCCCAAUGACCCAGGAGGAGGGGCUAAGGAGAGGGAGGUGCCAGAGAGGCUCUAACCAAUCAGCAGCAGUAACAUCAUCACCAAUCAGCGUAAAGCUCAUCAUCAUGAGGAACCAUCUGCGGUCAGCAGGUGGCGCCAAAGGAGCAGACGGGAACCAGAACCGGGUUUGGAUCUUUAAUCAACAUUAGCUGCUCAAAAUGGGGUUCUGAGUCCAGUUC